AUGUGUGCCAUUUCUGAUGUACACAACCUGCUGAAAAGUACAAAUGAAGGCAAGUCAUUAUUAGCUAGUUUUGGACAAAGUGGACUACUAGAUAGUAUAGGUCGUAGACGUCUCUGUAAUCUUAUUAUAAAUAAAGAACUUAAAGAUGAUGCACAGAAGCGUAUUUUGUCUACAAGACUUCAAGACCUGGCAUAUCAAAUAACUUCAGUUUUUCACCAAGAACGUACACCUACCUACUUCAUUCCUUAUAUUUCAUACGGUCCUGGACUGAAAAGAUCAGCCAAAGGAAAACUACUAGACUGUCUAAACAACAGGAGAAGAGAAUAUCGAAAAUCUGGGUUAAUACAAUCAUCAAGAAGAAGUUCGACAUCCUCUUCUUCUUCUAGUAGUUCUUUUUCUUUGUCAAAAGGACUCCAACACUCUGUUGAGGAAGAAGAUAAGGAAUUACAUUCAUCUGUAGAGGAAGGGUUGAAAUGGUUACAAAAUUCUAGUGACCCAUGGGAAAUAGUGGAAAAGAAUUGGGAUUUAACCACUAAUGUACGUUUAAAGAAGCUUAUGUCAAAAAAUGGACAGUCGAUUGCAAAUUAUAUGUUAGAAUAUCCAGCUCUUAAGAAACCAUCAGGCUAUCUACUUAUUUUAAAAGAUUUCCAAGUGACUUAUCCAGGCAAAGAAAAUAAAUUGUACCAAAACCUGAUUAUUUACAAAAAUAAUAUUUUUGAGUUGCUUAGAGCUAAAGUGAAUAAAUCAAGAGAAGAAUCUGUGAAUAAUAUUUUGAAUGAAUAUAUUAAAUUAUAUCUUGAAGAGGACGAGGAAAUCUCUAAUAUUAUCACACUUUUAAGUCUCUCAUUCCUCAUAAGUGUUUCUAGCACAAGAAACAAGAAAUCAAAAAUUUGGAGACCUUCAAAAAUUGAAGUAAGGGAUGGUUUUAUAACUCACGUACGAAGUGAUUCUGAAGUUCAAGAAACUAUCACAAGAAGGAGAAACAAAUUAAUUCAAUUUGGCCAAACAUUACAACCUUUUGUUAUCAUAGUUGGUCACAGUUUAAAAGACAUUUCAUCUUAUUUGGUAGUAGUGGAUAACACAUUUUAUAGACUAAACUCUAUAAUAGCAUCUGUAGAUUGUUGCUUCAAAAUAAUUUUAACUCUAAACGCUGAGUAUCCUGUUGAAUCAGCAGGAGUUUGGUAUUUUAUUCAAAAAGGUCUAUACAAUUUAAAAACACCAUGGGACAAAAAUUACACAGCUGUGAACGCUUUUAUGUCAGAUGUUGGUAUUCGUCACAUUGAAGAUGAAUAAUUUUUUUUUCAAGUAUAUUUUAUUAAUUUAUCCAGUAUAUAGCUAAAGGAGGUUAAUUCUUUUUAUAUUUAGUUAUACAUAUUCAUAUAAAAUGUUUACUUGUUUUUUAUGUAAUCAGACAUUAAAUAGUAUUAAAAUUUUGUUUAAUCA